AUGGGUGAAACCGAUGCAAGUGAAGAACCGUCGGUCCGACAAGUCCCCCUCUGGCGACUAGUAUGGGAUCAGGCUCUGAUUCUCCCGGAAGUGCGCGAUCACCACUAUCCAGGUUCAGGUACCGACAUCGACCCGUAUCGUGUAUGGUGGAUUCCAAAUGACGCCCGCAAUCCGAUCAGCUUUUCCAAAGGCAGAAAAUGGUUCAUAACCAGCCUUGUUACCUCCUCUACAUUCGGCGUGGCCCUUGUCUCUUCAGCCUUCACCGGAGGGUCGAUAGCGAUCAUGGCAGAGUUUCAAAUCAACCAUGAGGUUGCCAACCUGGGGGUUUCUCUUUUUGUCCUUGGAUUUGCGCUUGGCCCAUUGCUUUGGGCUCCACUGAGUGAAAUGUUCGGCCGCCAAAAACUGUUCAUCGUAACGUACUCUGCAAUGACUGCAUUCAUUGCGUGUACUACGGCAGCUCAGGAUAUUCAGACUAUACUUGUCCUGCGGUUCUUUGCUGGUGCUUUUGGCUCAUCUCCAUUGACCAAUGCUGGUGGUGUUGUCGCCGACAUGUUUGCGCCCUCACAACGAGGCCUUGCAAUGGCGUUAUUUGCUUCAGCACCAUUCUUAGGCCCCGUGGUUGGUCCAAUCGUUGGUGGAUUCCUCGGUAUGAGCGCAGGCUGGAGAUGGGUUCUAGGCCUCCUAGCCACCGUGUCCGGAGUGUUAUGGAUCCUUGGUAUGCUGAUGAUUCCUGAGACAUAUACACCAGUCCUCGUACGUCGAUGGGCAGAAGAGUUAUCAAAGAUAAACGGAAAGGUUUACUUGAGCCAACUUGACGUUGGGGACCCUCCCGCUAAGCUCCGCUUGGCAUUCAGCAUAGCCUUGUCACGGCCCUGGAAACUGCUAUUCAGAGAACCUAUUGUAUUUUUAUUCUCAGCCUACCUAGCUCUCAUCUACGGAACACUGUAUAUGCUCUUCGCCGCAUACCCGAUUAUCUAUCAACAGCACUUUGGCUGGAACCAAGGUAUUGGAGGACUAGCCUUUCUUGGAAUUUUUGUUGGAAUGAUUCUAGCCCUUCUCUACACCAUUUUGGAUAACAAGCGAUACGUCCAGAUCGCCAAGGAAAGCGGUGGGCAAGCCACUCCAGAGGCUCGUCUUCCCCCAUGCAUUAUCGGCGGGGUAGCCAUACCGGUGGGGCUUUUCUGGUUUGCCUGGACAAACUCACCGUCAAUCCACUGGAUAUCCAGUGUCUUAUCCGGUGUCGGCUUCGGGUUUGGAAUGGUGCUUGUGUUUCUAAGUGUGCUGAACUAUCUUAUUGACACAUACACGAUCUACGCCGCUUCAGUUCUUGCAGCAAGCGCAUUCACACGCUCCUUGUUUGGCGCUGCAUUCCCACUAUUUACGGAUCAAAUGUUCCAAAAUCUAGGACUCCAUUGGGCUGCUUCGGUUCCAGCAUUUCUUUCCGUGGCCUGCGUCCCAUUCCCCGUAAUUCUCUACAUAUAUGGAGAGAAAAUCCGCAAGCGUUGCCGGUAUGGAAACGAAGCAGAGAUAUUCAUGCAGGGCGCGGGGGAGGAGAACUUGGAGCAACCCGUCGCGGAAGGCUCUGAAAACCAGGAUCCAGGUGGAUGUCCAUUUCGGCAUGACACAGAGUGGAGGUCGAUACCUCAAAACUCUUAA